CUACUGUGCGUGUACCCUAUCUGGCUAGCCAACAAUUAACUUGCCAGACCCAUUGAAUGCACCCACCAAAGUCUAAAUUAGUCCUUGAUAAGAUGGAAAGAAUGAAAAUCAGCAGUGGAUUUCUAGGUCAGCACAGGAUUCGAGGUCCAGAUUUAAAUUUGCCUGAGCUAGAACCAUGAACUCCAGUGUCCCAGCCUAGUAGAUCUGAGUAACAGAAUGUGGAGUUGGCUAUCACUUGCAUGCUAACUUAAUCUAAUGAUACAUUUAUAAACCAAACAACCACAUCUGACCAUUGGUCAGGUGGUUUGAAGUUGUAGUUUGUGACAUAGAUUCACUCACUCAUUUGUCAUCCUUCUGACAGAGAAUGGCAAUGUCUCACUUUCUCCAGGAGAGGGAAUCCUCUGCAUGCAAACUUGCAAUUUGACUGAGGAUGACCACAACACUUUUAGAAUGCACUGUGCUGGAGGCAAGCGCCAAAUUCCCAGGAGUCAAACAAGAGCAUGUUGGGACGGUAUUCAUGAAAUGGGCACAAUGAGCAGUGGGACCAACACUGCUCUCAAGUCAGAGGCAGACACUGAGGGAAUGAUCCAGACAAAACAGCAGUCAGGAGCUGAACACAGUGAAGGUGUCUUCCUAAGUCUGAACCCAAUUGUUUUUUGUUUUUUUUAAUUCGGCCUCCCAGACGCCGAAGACUCCUCGUGUUCCUACGCCACAGACACCAGAAGACAGUCGACGCAGUUCUCAGACACCCCAGCGAGAGCAGCACCGCCACUGCAUCGAUGCCAGCAUAGCUCCAAUACAGAUUCCCCCAAGACAGGCAAGGAACCGCUACACUGCGGCAAGACUUUAAGCCGAUACCCAGUGCUAGAGGCACAUGAAAGCGUGUACACAGUGGAGAAGACGUAUAUGUGCGACGCGUGCGGCAGGGGUUUUCGCAAGUCGGAAAUCGCAACAUGCACCUAAAGCUCUGUGGCACCCACAUUGGGUUUCCCUGUGACCUCUACUAGUCAGGGUCAAUAAUGCUGGUCAAUAAUGCCGGCAUCAACAGGCUUUUGUCUGUAUGUCACCCAGCAUCAAUUGGAGGUAGCUGUAGUUGGAUACAUGGCAUCUCUACGCCAGCCAGCUCUCCCUCAGACACUUGCCUGGAGGCCUGGUCACAUCAAAUACCUCGGGGCAGAAUCACAUCAGCAUGUAAACACACCUCACUUCUGGAGCGAUCAGACCAUUCAGGCCACACCUCUGAACACACCUUACUACAGCUCACCGUAACUAUCAUGUGAACCAGCGGUAUUCAAAUCUUACCCUAUAAGGUCUAGAGCCUGCUGGUUUUCUGUUUUACCUGAUAAUUAAUUGCGCCCACCUGGUGUCCCAGGUCUAAAUCAGCCCCUGAUUGAAGGGGAAGAAUGAAAAAGACAACAGUGGAACUGGCUUCGACAUCUGGGGGGGUCCGUAUCCACAAAGUGUCUCAGAGUGCUGAUCUAGGAUCAGUUUAGCCUUUUAAUUCAUAAUGAAAAAGACUGAAUGGACAGGUACAUUUAUUAAAAACACAUUCCACCAUAUACUAAUAUAUAUUUUGAUAUGAGGAAGAAAAGCCUUAUGCAUGUAUUUUAUUUAACUAGGCAAGUCAGUUAAGAACCAAUUCUUAUUUACAAUGACGGCCUAGGAACAGUGGGUUAACGACCCUGUUCAGGGGCAGAACGACAGAUUUUUACCUUGUCAGCUCGGGGAUUCGAUCUAGCAACCUUUCGGUUACUGGCCCAAAGCUCUAAACACUAGGCUACCUGCCAUCCUGAACAGUGAAUUCCAAAAUGAUUGACACACUUGAUAAAGAUGAGUAAAAAUUACUGUAUGAAAUAAAUAAUUAAAAUACUGAGCUAUAUUGUAUACAAAAAAAGGGGGUAAAUUAUAUUAUUUUAUAAUAAUACAAUUGCGCAGGGAAAGAUUUAGUUUAACAAGUAAUAUUUUGCUUUCUCAAAAAGGGUAGAGGUCCAAAUUAUUGACACCCCGGUUUUCAAUACGUCACCUUGCGAGGAUAACAGCACUGAGCCUUUUUCUAAAUUGUUUUAUGAGUUGAAGAACACAUUGGGAUCUUAGACCGUUCCUCCAAACAGAAUCCUUCCAGAUCCUUGAUAUCCUUCGCCUGCGCUUAUGAACUGCCCUCUUCAAUUCAAACCACAGGUUUUCAAUGGGUUUCAAGUCCAGAGACUGAGAUGGCCAUUGCAAAAUUAUGAUUUUGUGGCCAAUUAACAUGGAUUUUUAAGAGUGCUUGGGGUUAUUGUCUUGCUGGAAGAUCCACUUGCUGUCAAGUUUCAGGCUCCUAUAUCUAACAUUUCCAGGUGCUAGUUAACGUUCAUGAUGCCGUUGGCCUUAACAAGGGCCCCAACGACCAGUGAUCGUGCAUACACAAUCCCUCUCAUAACAUUAUUUCUAUUGAGUUACUUAUAGCUCUCUGUGGUUCAUUACAGCUGGAAGGUCCUCUGUUCUGAGACCAGUGUUCUGAGACCAGCGUUCUGAGACCAUGGCAAAUGUUGUCCACGUAUGUUUUGUGUGGUUUUCCCAGAGGUCUUCGUCCAUGAGAGGGAACCCACAGUAUGAGACUGCUGGCAGCCAGCUCAGGAUGUCUUGACACACUGACCAGCAAAUAUCAGCCUCCUGGCACUGAUCUUCUCACUGAUCUUGGGUAGACCUCCCUACAGCUAUUGGUUGGUCAGGUAUUGAAACCAGAGGACCCUUUUCACCUCUCAGCAUCCUGGUGUAGCGACCAUUUAGAUGCUGGUUAAGGGCAAAGAAACACACAAUAAUUGUUUAAAAAAUAUAUCUACCUUAUUCUGCCAACAAACAAAACUGUUUCAGUUAAACAUUGUGCUUCCCUAAAAAGCCACAACACUAUAUAUAGAUGGAUGGGCUUCCAGUUGGUUCAACAAUAUAAUCAUUACUGUAUUGGUCCUUUAUCAAAGAGACAUUCAGGAGGAUUCCAAUAAGGAGAAAUAACACUGACAGAAACUAUAGGAAAGCACCCUUCAUAGAUACAACCACAGUUGGUCCUGCUGUAUGCAAACAACCCCUUCCCUGCAUACAACUCAGACCUGGGCCAAAACACAGGAGAGCACCUGUACUUGGUAAUAUUCUAGACGGGUUCCUAGUGUACAAACUAGUUUAAAGUGAAAACUUUACAUUAAAUUUGGAUCGUUAAUUUUAAGAACAAAUCCCUAACUGAAAAACAAUGGUCUUUUUUUUUACAACAUUUUAAUCACAGCGUAGUUAUCACAAAACAACCACUAACAGGUCCUGAUCAUCAUUAUAAAGAGACACAUUUAAAUUAAACAAACCUAACGCAACAAUGCUGUAACGUUAGUAGCAUCAUUCACCGACAACACAUUCAAUUGUUUGUGAAGAUAGAUCACUAGUCUGAAAUAACACCUGUAAAUGUGAGGUUCCAACCUAAUGUUUUGUCACAGUUUAGGGCAGACAAUCAGGAACGUGUACUUUUUAAUCUGUAUGACAUCAUAGGGUUGUUGUAACAUCACUCAAUUAGCAGAGGAUAGCCACAAACACUUCCACAAACUGUGUUUGCAAUUGUGUGAUUACUACAGGCUGAGUAGUGACUGCUCUCUAGUGGAGGAACGGCAGGACACAAUUUUUGGCUGCGUUUAAACCCUGUUCUGAUUCCCCCCACUAAUUGGACUUUUGACUAAUCACAUCAGCUAUUUUGCCAUUAAUUGGGCAAAAUAUCAGAAUUGGGCUGCCUGUGUAAACUCAGCCUUCCACUUGAUUUGAAUAGUCACAUUUACUAAAGUCUGUACCAUUUUCUUCAAUAGUGAAAAUAUCCUCAAAAACCAAGCUAAAACAUGAAACGGUCAUCAUUACACUUUACUUAAAUAUAUAUAUUUUUUUUUACUUACAAUCACUUUUGUUUGACCUUUUCAUCCAAUCUUCCAUGUUGAAUUCCCUCUGAAAAAUCUUCUGGUGCUAAUUUAGUAAAUCUGCUUCUACGUUUACACAGGCAGCCCAAUUCAGAUCUUUUGCCAAUUAUUUGCAUAUAUGAUAACUAACUGAUCAUUUUCCUAAUGUGUAAACAGCACAAAACCACACGGAAUAUGUUCUUUUAACUUUCGAUUUAUACCACAUCCAUAUGUGGAUCUCAAACCUGACACAAACCAGAUCCUCCACAAGUGACUUGCCUGGACGAUCAGAUCUGAUGUUUUUUUGUAAUUUUUACAGGUCACCUGCCGUUACCAUGACAGGAAAUGAGCAUACAUGCAGUAAAGAGGUCACUGGGACCCAAAAGGUGGGGGAAGAACAACUGACCACUCUUGUUGAAGCCACGGAAAAUCAAGGCUGACCGCAAUACUGCAGGCAUUGCUAGCAGAAAACUGGAUCCCCCAUUAUAGUGAAUAGAAAAACUGCCAUUUUGUGGUCAAUCUUCAUGUAAAUAAAACAAUGUUUUGAAAACCAACAUGGUACCAAUAAUUGCUUCUAAUACACCGGAUGUAUGUCCUUGAACGGAUUUUUAAUUUAUUUUUUAAAUCCCACACAGAAAAAGUUAAGGAUAAUUGAGUUGCCAAUGGAAGCCUGCAGAACCCCGGCCAGCCUUUAACUAAAGUUACUCAUUGAGAGGGCGUAGCACUGAGUUUGCCUGCAAUGCCACUUCCUGGAGUAGCUCAAACUGCUCAUGUUAUGUCUCCAUGGGACUCCAUUUUAACCAACUUCAAUUGGUUUCAAUGCGCUAUGAAGUCUUCUCAAUAGGAAUGAAUGGUGUCACGUGAUCGAUGGUUUUGUCCAUUCACAUAUACACUAAUUGGGGAAUGUGCAAGGACGCCAUCAUUGUCGGCCAUUAAAAACAAUCUGAUCUAACAAAGUGGACAUUUGUUAAAUCCGUCAUGAUUUAUGAGUUCUAACAGGCCCACAAUGUGGUUACUAACACCAUAUUUGGAUAUAUUGGGCUGGCUGUUUUCACUGCAUAAUAUUUAGAAGUUAUUUUUGGGGUUUAGAAAUGUUUUCUGCUAAAUGCUAACUCUUGUUUGUAUAAGCUGGUAGCAUAGCUAGGCAUAUAGAAAUCGGUGGUGGUAGUUUAAUCCGUUUUUAAGUGUGAUGUACUUGAUUGUUGAUGAUGAUAUGAACAUGUAUUGGAGUUGACAUCCAUACAAGCAUUAUACCUCAAGAUUGGUGGCAAUGAGGAGAUUCUGAAUCUUUCCCCCCACGAGGAGGUAAUGUGCAUGGUGGCUCCAUGGCGUUUCCAUGGUGGCUUCAUGGCGUUUCCUUGGUAGCUCCAUGGCGUUUCCAUUAUUUUGGUUGAAUUCCAUUGAUCUCUUUACCGCAUCUUUGCGGUACUUCAGAGGCUACAUUAGUGUGAAUGUGGAAAGCUGAUAUGGGUCACCUGUAGAACUGAGUUUGGGCAGUCACAAAAAUUGGAUAUAGAAAGAAAAUCUGAGUUGGGUUCUUAGGGUGGCUGUGUAAACAUAGCCCAAAUGCCUUAUUUAUCCAUCAUAAACUGGAUUGGUAAGAUCUGAAUCAAACCCAUUGAAUUAAUAGAAGUAAAUCAAAACUAGAGCUAAAACAUGAAACAAGGGGAAUGUUGACUUAAGGCAGGGAAAGUUACAAGUCGUUGAAUUCAAAUAAGUCGGAAGGGCCAUGUUUAAGAUCACGCCAGUAAAACGUGCUAUUGUAUCACCAGUUGGGUUAUGAGAAGGGAGGAUAGAUAGAGGGAAGACACUACAAAAGGCAACCCUCUUCCUACGCAAUAGACCACUAGACACAACAAGGUUUAAUAAGAAGGUCAAUGGCCAGACUAGGGUGGGAAGUCACUAGCCAUUUUUCAAAGUACAGCAGAACACUUGUGCUGACUCCGAUGUGUAGACACUAGUGUUCUGCGUCCCAAAUGGAACCCUAUUCCCUAUAUAGUGUACUACUAUUGACCAGGUGCCAUUUGGGAUGCAACCAGUGUCUUCCAUGGUGGGUUGUCAGAGGGUAGGGUGAACAGAGCGUCAGUAACACUGGUGGUUGAACAUAGAUCACACGCCAUGGCAGGAGCGUCCACCAUAGCAGUUUUGGGGCUUUUGUUCCUCACGGAAUGCCACUCGGCUCCAGUGCAGUGUGGGGAGAUGGUGGGGCGUCUGCAGGCUGAGAUGGAGGACCUGGUGAGGGUGAUCAACGACCAGCACCACUACAUCCAGGGGCUUCACCUCAGCCAGGCCCAGAAGCUGCCUCAGAUCCCCCAGACACACCUCCAGACUGGGGGACAGUACAAAGACUGUGCUGAGAUAUAUAAGGAUGGGAACUCAGUUAGUGGCCUGUAUAUGAUCAGACCGGACCAAGCUCCCUCCUCCUUCAUGGUGUUCUGUGACAUGAGUGAUGGAGGAGGCUGGACUGUCUUCCAGAGGAGAAAGGACGGAAUGGAGUCAUUCGACAGAGCGUGGGUGGAGUAUAAGCAUGGUUUUGGAGACAGCGAGUCAGACGGAGAGUUCUGGCUAGGGAACGACCCCCUACACUACCUCACCUCUCAAGGCGACUACAACCUAAAGAUCAACAUGGAGGACUUUGACGGAAACCAGCGCUUCGCCAAGUACAAAAACAUGAAAGUGGAUGAUGAAAAGAACCAGUAUAAGCUUCAUCUGGGUGAGUACACUGGCAAUGCGGGGGACGCCCUCCCCGAAGCCCACCCCUCUCCCAGUGGGCAGUGGAACAGUCUAGGAGCCGGUCAACAGGGAGUCAAGUUCAGUACCUACGACCAUCCCAACAAGGACGAUGAGAAGUGUAUCCGCCAUGACAUGUCAGGGUGGUGGUUCAGCAAGUAUGACCUUCUGCAUUACUGUGGAGAUUUAGUUACCUCUGAACCACAGAGUAUUGGCCUCCUGUAUUACUGUGGAGAUUCCGUAACCUCUCAACAGAGUAUUGGCCUUCUGCAUUACUGUGGAGAUUCAGUAACCUCUGAACAACAGAAUAUUGGCCUCCUGUAUUACUGUGGAGAUUCAGUAACCUCUGAACAACAGAAUAUUGGCCUCCUGUAUUACUGUGGAGAUUCAGUAACCUCUCAACCACAGAGUAUUGGCCUCCUGUAUUACUGUGGAGAUUCAGUAACCUCCGAACAACAGAAUAUUGGCCUCCUGUAUUACUGUGGAGAUUCCGUAACCUCUGAACAACAGAAUAUUGGCCUCCUGUAUUACUGUGGAGAUUCAGUAACCUCUCAACCACAGAGUAUUGGCCUCCUGUAUUACUGUGGAGAUUCAGUAACCUCUGAACCACAGAGUAUUGGACUCCUGUAUUACUGUGGAGAUUCAGUAACCUCUGAACCACAGAGUAUUGGCCUCCUGUAUUACUGUGGAGAUUCAGUAACCUCUCAACAGAGUAUUGGCCUUCUGCAUUACUGUGGAGAUUCAGUAACCUCUGAACAACAGAAUAUUGGCCUCCUGAAUUACUGUGGAGAUUCAGUAACCUCUCAACAGAGUUUUGGCAAAAACAUUUUCCACAUCGACUCCCCUACAUAUUUAUUUGGACAGAGAAGCUAAAACUUUUAAUUUGGCUCUAUACUCCAGCAUUUUGAGAGAAAAUGUUUUGUAUGAUACAGUAUAAAGUAACACCUUUUUUUUACCAUUUAGAAAUGAAUGCAACCCCAUUUGAAGGUAUCAUAGGUACUUGGACAAAUUCACUUAUAGUGUAUACAAUUUAGUCAAGUUUAGUAUUUGGUCCCAUAUUCCUAUCCCGUCGUGACUACACAUUUGCAGUUUGAUUUGGUUAUGUUUUUCGCGUUAUGUUUACAGAUAAUCAUGAAUGAGUCGUGAAUAAUGACAAGUUACAGAUGCACAAAGAUCAUGCCCCCAAAAUAUCCUAACCUCACCAUUACCAAUAACAGAGGAUACAACAAAACAUGCUAACCUCUCACCAUUACCAAUAACAGGGGAUACAACAAAACCUGCUAACCUCUCACCAUUACCAAUAACAGGGGAUACAACAAAACAUGCUAACCUCUCACCAUUACCAAUAACAGGGGAUGGUAGCAUUUUUUUAGGGGUAUGAUAUUUAUGCCUCUAACUUUCUCACUAAUUAUUAUUGACGAUUCAUUCACGAUUAUCCGUAAUCAUGGUAGCAUCCACAUUAAUGUAGAAUUGUUGAGAAAUAUUAUAUUGUUAUUUACACUAAAAGUGACACAAUACAUUAUUUUCCCUUUUCUAUUGGGCACAACAUUAUCUGAAACACAACCAAAACAAA